AUGCCCGUCGUCGUGAACCACAAUACCCAUCAGGGCUUGAAGCUUGUCAAUGGGGCCAGCUACACUGGGCUUGACGUCAUCCUCGACAAGGCGCACCCGGGCCAUCGGAUCUCGGCCGAUACGAUGGUCCACUUCGGGCCGCCGGCGGGGAUAAUACUGGAGUCGGAGACGACAAAGAACUUCCACUUCGUGGGAAUGCCGCCCGACACAAUCCUGUUGACAACCAUGAGCGUCAGCAUCCGAUGCCAGCGAAAGCGGCCGUGGCAGCAGAACGACGUCAGUCGGAAAGGUUUGCCCUGUGCGGCGGCCUUCGCGUGCACAGACUACAAGGUGCAGAGCAGAACGCUGGAGCGCGUAGCCCUGGAGCUGCGGGGGACGAGGACUACAAAUGUCGACGGACACAUAGUCCCCGCGCAAUGCGAUCCGUACAGCCUGUACGUGCAGCUGUCGCGGUGCCGGUCGCUGGACGGCAUCAUGCUCAUUUCCAAGGUGCGGGAAAGAGAUCUGGCCAGACUGGAGGAAUUGAGCAACAAGACUGUUCAGGAGGCUCUGCAAUGGCCGGAUGACGAUUUUCGAGGACGAAAGACGUUGCCUUAA